AUGGGCCGGAGAAUCUCUCCUCAAAGUUUAUGGAUAUGUGGAAGAAAUCAUUUGUCAACAUCUCCGGACGGUAUCAGCGACGAAACAGAGGUAAAUUUAGGUGAAACUAAUAUUAGCUACUUAUCUGAUAAGCCAUAUAAACAUCCAACGGCUUCGCAAUGGAAUAUAAUAUCGCAUGAUUCUGCUCCAAAUCAUAUCCUUGCGGUCCAUGCUGGACCUGGUAGUGGAAAGACAUUUACUUUGGUUAAUAGAAUAGCGUAUAUGCUUAGGUAUCAGAACCUAAAACCCAGUGAGAUAUUAGUUCUAUCGAUGGCCAAUAGGUCUGUAUCUAACUUGAGAGCUGGUCUUAACGCCGCUUUGGAGCAAGAAGCUGUUAACGGCAUCAACAUUAGUACCUUUCAUUCUUUUUGUCGAUCAUUAGUUGAUCAAGAUGAAAGCCAAUAUUCUAAAUCAUUCACAAGGAAACGACUUAUGAAUGACAUUAGUUGGAGAAAUUUUUCAAGGAUCUUUCUGGGCAGAAAUGUGAAUGUCCAUGGAGAUACCGUAUAUGGCAAUUUAAGUUCUAAGCUGCUUGAGAACGUUAUAGGUAAUAUCAAAUCUGGUGAAUUAGAUAUAAACGAUGCUGCCUCGCAGUUCAAGGUGAGUCAAAAGUACAUUGAGUCAAUAAUGGAGUAUCUAGAUAAAUAUGGAUUAAUGAGGUAUCAUGAUUUGAUAACUAAUGCAUUGGAUUUGGUCAAGCAUUCUUUGUCCGAUGGAAAUAUUGAGAAAUGGAUCCCUCUGUUGGCAAACUACAAAGUGAUUAUUAUAGAUGAAUUCCAGGAUAUGUAUGCACCUUUAUUGAAGGUCAUCAAAAGCAUUGCAGAGUACCCAACUUAUGGUUUACCAUUUGGUUCUAUGAAGCAUCUCACUAUCGCAGGAGAUAUGAACCAAUGCAUAUUUGAGUUUUUAGGCUCCAAUCCAAAUCUAAUGACAACUAUAAGCAAAGAACUUUACGGAGCUUCGGUAACCGAACUUCUGAUUGAGGAAACCUUUCGCUUGACUCCACAAAUCCUAAAUUUCGUAAAAGAAGUAUGUAUCACAGGAACUGAGCUACACCAAAUGAAUAUUAGAGCGGUUAAAGGUGCUGGCCACCUACCGAUAUUACAUUAUCAUAAUUCGAAUCAUGAUGAACAUAUAUUUAUUGCUACAGAAAUAACUAGAUUAAUUUGCCAGCUGGGAGGCUUAUUGAAGCCGUGUGAUUUUGCAGUUUUGGCACGAUCUAACAAAGAAGUGGAAGAUAUUCGGCAUAUCUUAGUGGAUAUAUUAGGAUUCAGGUGUAACAAGUUCUCACUGACACCCUCAUGGAUAAAUAGUAAAGUUCAUCUUUUAUUAGACAUUUUAAAUUUAUUAUGCAAAGGAGAUGGUUCUGAAUUUGGCUUGAUAUGUAUUCUUUUACUAUUAGAUCUGAAGCGAGGCAACUAUGCGAGAGUCAAAAAGCUCCUUAAAAUGAAUACAGUGGAUUUAGGAAACCCACACUCAACCCUUGAAGAUGGUAUGAUCACUGAAUUGGAAGCCUUGCAUGAAAGGGGUAAAUCAAAAAAUGGAAUUACCAAGGUAUAUAAGUUACCAGAUGACUUGAAAAUUCUCGAAGAUAUGGCUACUUUUUUAAGUUCAAUCAAAAAAGAAAGAGCUGUACUUUCAACGAAGCAGAAUCCCUAUAAUAUAAUUGAGUCUUUGUAUCGAAUCCUACUGUCACUGCCAUUACUUGAGUAUCUCAACUCUCCUGACUCGAAGGAGCCUAGAAAUGUGAGCGAAGAUGAUGUAUCUCAUUAUAAAGACACUUUGGAAUCAAACUUGAAAGGAUUUUUGAGGUCAUUAGAGAUCGCUUAUCUGUCUUUCAUUGAAUUGGACCAUGAGGAGAUAGAUUUUAUAGAUUUUUUUUUGAAAAGCUACAACGAAGACGUGCCUUUGAAAGACGACGGAAUGAUAAAUAUCUCGACAAUUCAUACAGCUAAGGGACUCGAGUUUCCAGUCGUCUUCGUGUUGGGAUUAAGUCCUUUCGGGUCCAAAAUGUCAAUGUGGGAUUCUGUUUUCGAUGCGAAUCAUUUAUCUGCUGCGAAAGCUAGGCUAUUUUAUGUAGCAUGUACCAGAGCUAAAAAUCUUCUAUACAUUGGUACGUCAGUAAAAGAGAAAGACUUUUCAACCACUAUGAAUAAUUUGUGUACUACAUCCCUUCCUGAUGUUGGUUGCAAUGAGGUCAAUAGCCAGGAAGUUAUCAAAAGAUUUUCAAAAGAUUUACAUAGGAAGCUUCCCAGUCCGAAAAAGUUGAUCGAUGGCAAGCUACUCUACGAGAGUCUCACUGAUGAAGGCUUAUUUUACAAGAAGAGAAAGUUACAAGGUAGUUAUAGGCAAGUAAGAAAGUAUUGCAUUCAAAGACAAUUGUGUCAUUUUCCAAAAAGAUUUUUUCCUAUAAAAUAG